AGUCAAGAGACCCAUGGCACUAUAACAGCAUUGGAUGCACCUCUUAGCGCCCGUCGAGAAAACACUAUCUGGGGCUAGUCCCCGACAAUUGAGGGGACAUCCUUUGACUAAAGCUAUCCGAAACCAGACAGGUUGAGUCACCCUUGGCACGAUACCUACUGUAGUUUUGGAUGCUCAGAAAGAAGACGAAAAGCUCAUUAAAGAGCAUGUCAGAAUAUUCUUAUUCUCCAUCUGCUUAUUUUCUCUCCCCUUUCACCGAGUACAUACAAGUUGGGAUGGUUUUGGAGAAGCUAUGACAUCAUUGCUUUGCUCUCCACGAAAUGCAGGGUUCAAGUAUGCGCUCAACGACGCCUAUAGAUUUGGUUCCUUUGACGAUAUUUGGAAUACACUACAAUUCUACAUUGAUACUAUCGACAACUUGUAGCUCUCAAAGCAUUGUCGGUACUAGCCAAGAUCCCCGCGGCCGGCACUCGCUUGCAACGGGCGGGCCGCGUGAGCUCACUUUGGAAGGUCGCCAGUUUGGCAGUUUGCGCCUAGCAUCCAACUUGAACAUUCUCCGUCGCUUGCUACCCGCUUUUAACGACCGAUGGCUGUCUUGUCACAUUGGGAAUCUGCGAUGUGAGGACACCACGUACAUUAAUGUACCAUUACUGUUUGCUUUCGACCUCGGCGAGCUAUGAACGAUGAUCCGGGCUCGAGCUCCACGGCCCGCCCCAACACCAACACCACAGACCCAGAUCACUCCGAAGGGUCCACAACAGAGGCCAGCAGUAGGAACGAUGGCCAGUCCAGCGACUCUGAGGUCAAGAAUAAGCAACGGGUGGGCUUGGCCAAGAAGCUCGAGUUUGUGACACACCUUCAGAGGAGUCUCGACAUGCUGGUCUGGUCGUAUAUGUGCACACUAUACUACAUGGAAUGCUCCCUCUCCCGACUCAUAAUCCGCGGCCUUCCCCACGUCGCCUUCCUCUCCCCAAAAGAAGGCCUCCUCCUGCCUGCUCAGCGUCCACAUCUCUUCGCCAUCUUCCUCCCAGCUUUUUUCUGCAUACUCUUCCAUCUCGUCCUCUCCCUCCCCGUCGCAGGCGAAGCAACGCGAGGAUACCUCCAGGGCGGUGUCCUAAUCGACUUCAUCGGCCAGCAGCCGCCCAAAACCCGACUGACCUUCCUCUCCAUUGACAUCACAAUAUUCCUCAUACAAUGCCUCAUGCUCGCCGUCCACCAAGACCGCGAGCGCCUCAAAAAGGCAGUCUUCCCCUCGCUGAGAACUAUUAUCCCCGGCGACGAGGCGCAACUAGACGUCCCCCCGGCAAUAGCGCAGGACCACAACGCGGAAGAGAGAGGGGUGCUAAGCGACCAGACAUUUAUGGUGGAUAACGAAGGGAUCGAACUGCGGCCGCUCGGCCAAUCUGGGAGGGAAGGAGAUAAUGACAAUGAUAAUGACGAACGAGAAAGGAUGGGAUCGGGGCCGUAUGCCUCUGUGACGACAACGGUGGACAUGAUAGAUAUCAUGCGGUCUGGCAACGCGGUGCUGGGGAAUUUCCACGUUGUGAAUGCCGUCAGGACGGUGGGAAGCGGGGUACAGAAUACGGCAGCGUACUCGUUGCGAAGUUUUGGUUAUAACGCUACUCUUGCAGCUUUGGCGGCUGAGAGGAGGAGCAGGCUGGUUAGGUUGCGGCAGCCGGGAACGGCGACAACAUUGCCAACAUAA